GAUGACGUGACGUGUAGUGUAAACCUAUAGCACAAAUAUAAACAUCAAACAUCUGAAAAUAUUAUUGAAUUUUCCAGUAUUUGAAUUUUACUAAACAAUUUAAUAUGAUUAACUGAUAGUAUCUAUAAAAGUAAAGAUGUCAAAAUCUAAUCUCUUAGAAAUAGUACCAGACGAACUAUUCCAAUCUCACUCUAUCAACGAGAUUGAUCAGGUACAGAAGAAGCUACAAUAUGAAAUUGAAAGGAGAAGAGAAGAAUUGCGUGCUAUGGUCGGGGAGAGGUACAGAGACUUGAUUCAUGCUGCUGAUACCAUUGAAGACAUGAGAGUUACGACAGCGAGCACUUUGAAUCACAUCAGUGAAAUGAUGAAAGCAUGUCAGAAUUUACAUAACACACAUUUAGUUGGCUUCAAAAUUAGUAAUGCUCCCACACCAACUCAAAGUUACAAUGUAAAUUCAAAUCAGCUGCAUAGCUUGUCUGUUCAACUGAAAAUCUUAAUGGAAAUUCCUGAAAAGAUAUGGACAUGCAUUGAAGCAGAGGAUUUUGUGAAAGCUACCCAGCUGUUUAUAUUUGCCAGGCACGUUAACACAGGUUUGCAGCUGCAAAUAGGAGGACGGAAUUCACAGCCCGGCAUACAAUCAUUUCAUAGAAUGGUACAGCAACAGUGGAAUUCGAUAUCGAAUUUCAACCAGACUAUAAUUAGAGUAUGUAAGGAGAAACUGCAGAAUGUGGAAAUAAGUGUUGAGAUUGCGUGCUCCUGUUUGGUUAGCCUGUAUCUUCUGGACUCCCAAACAAUGGUCGAAUUACUUAAUACACUAAUAACACUACAUAGUAACAAUAGCUUGAAAGCAACGCUCCAGUUUGAUUUAGCUAAAAUAUUAGAAGGGGAUGUGAAAGCUCAAAUCAAAGAGAAAAUUGUGAACGGAGUUAAGAAUGUGUUAAAGACUGUUGUUUUGGUUUAUGCUUGUUUUGUUGAUGAUGCAGGCGGAGCAGUAUUGUCGAAGCUAAAAGAACUCUUCAAGAAAAAUUCUCAACCACUUCUUGAAUUAGUCAAGUUCUCUGAUCCUAAUGCAUUAAAACUAUUACCACCAGCAAUAUCAAAUUAUAGGCUAUCAACAACACAAGAACCCCAAGCUUUAGAGGAAGCGGACAUAAGGAAAUCAGUUCAAGUUUGGAAUGUUUGGGUGAAGUCUUUCAUCGAGACCAACGUGCAGACUCUACUUCAGAACGUGACGAGAAUCAAAGUACUCCACGAAAUAAGAGAAGAAGCAUUUAAAAUUGAAACGCCGCCGAACUGGAGUACAAUUUGCUCGUCCCUGGAUAUUCCCGAUGUCCACGUCUGGUGUCACUACUACCAGCCACUUUUAACGGCUCGUGUCAAAGCGAUAAUAGACACCCGAUGGGGGAAACUGUAUGAUACUUUCAAAACACAGAUAUUAGUGGACUUGACUAAGGUAUCAUGUGAAAGCGAAAUGGAAAAGGAAUCCGACAUAAACUGGUUCGUGUGGAAGGAUCUCAUCGGGGAGACGGUCAUAGAGUCCAGAAGUGACGUCGUCAAAGUCAUGAACUCUCUAAUGAAAGGCAUGUCCCGACAAGACCACGGCUACACCCCAACUCUGGAGAAGCUGUGCCAAACUCUGGAUAGCGAAUUACAGAAGCUUCUAGAAGAUUUAAGAACAUACCUGUACCCGGAGAAGAGGAACGCACGAGACGGCCUGCUGUUUGACUACGAAGAGGAAAAUGGUAUCGAUCAAAUGUAUAUCGAUAAGGAAGAUAUCGAUUCGUAUCUCAGAGACGUCUCCGACACUAACGUCGAGAGCAUGAUCCAUUACAUAAAGGCUUGUUUCGAGGAACCCACGCUUCAGUCUACGGAAUUAAAACGAAAAACAACUGCCAUAUACUCGGCAAGACUCACCCAGGCCAUAACGACCCUUAUACCCCAUCUACAUAGGUGUUACAUUCCCGAAACGUCCGAUAGCAUUGUUCUCUGCAACACCGAUGAACAUUGUAUCAAACGUUGGAACUCUCUAUGUGGGAAAUUGAAGGAAAACUGCCUUUAUUGUUGGGGGAAAUGGGUCGAUAUUGUAACUGAGAAAAUCGAAGAUUUGACCAAACGUUUGCCCCAAGAGUUCACAUUAGAAGCCAAUAUCGAUUACUUAAUGAUGCAAUGGGACGUAAUAAAAAUAGUUGAGAAAGAUGACGAAGGAAACUCUAUAGAAUCAACUAUAAAAGUGCCAUGCGGUCCUUCGUUAAAGCUACAAGAAUAUUUAUAUUCGGUCAGCAGGGUCUUAGACGAGAUCGUACCUCACACGCUACCCAUCGAAACACAUCACACGUUUAUCGACAAAGUAACGCACAUCACUUUCUCGCACUACAACAAGGUUAUAAGAGAGAAAGAGACGGAUAUAAAUCAGAGAUGCGCUCUUCAGUUGCUAAUGGACGUUCGGCACAUGACCCUAUUGUUCGUUGCGAGAGAGAACAAGAAAUACGUUGAGCUAUCUCAAGAGAUUUGUGAGUUUUUGAGGCAGAAGAUCGAUCCGUUCGAUUAUGACGUUUUUUAUCCGUACAUACAGACGAACCUUAAACGUUCUGUGCAGAGAGUUCAGACGUUACUAGGGAGCCUGAUACUCCACCACGGUCAACUGGUUGGGAUAAUUGGCUCGAAGCCGAUACUGUCAGGCGGCACCGGCGACAAGGCGGCCAGCCUGCUGGCGUGCGGCGACGCGCACUGGUACUCGCUGCUGCCCGUGGCCACUCCCGUAGCGCACCACAAGAAGCAAGAUAAGGCGGUUAAAAAGAAGACAGUCACUUCGGCGAGCCCGACGAAACAAAAGUCUGAUAUCUCUGAUAUUAUGACAAGUUCAUUGCCGAUCAACUUUGCUAAUGCGCGUUCGGGUGCAGCUUCGUUCUUCAAUUCGAUGACUUCGGACUGGUUCAGCGGACAAUAGACCUUAACUCAUACGUGUCGUAAGGUCGAUAUAAACAUUGAGCAUUAUGAUUCGGUAUUGGGUUAUUAGUUCAAUGAAUUCGUUGCGAAGACUGCGGUUUUAUUUUCGAAGCAAUACGGUUUAAUUUUGUUUGAAGUAAUUUAGGCACAAUUUCGCGAUUCAUUCGAAAGAGGACCCGCAUCGUAUGUAUUUAUAAAAUUAUUUAACUUUUGUUAUUUAUUCCUCUACGAUUUUAGAUUGAUUUAGUAGAUAUGAAAUUUUCAUAAUAAUUACCCAUAAAAGAACUUAUUUGCAUAGAGAACUUUUUUAACACGACCGAAUUUUCUAUCACACGGCAUUCAAUAUAUCAGAAUAAACCUUUAUUCGUGUCCGACGAUUGUGACAUUCAUCAAAUAAAGUUCCUUAAACAGAAAGGGGUAAAGUUCAUUUUUGUAAAGCACUAAAAAUGUGAGUAACGGUCCAUAAUUUGAAAUAAGAAUAUGAAAACUUCUAUCAAAUAUGGUUAUGAUGUAAAUGAAUAUAAGUUACGCCAUUGUUCAA